AUGCGAUUUUGUUCAAAGAGUUCAGCUGGCGCGUCAGGUGUUGUGGAGGAAACUCAGUUCGUUUCUGUGAAGAAGCUUGAACAGCGAGACGCCCGUACCCUACAAAUGGACUCGGAUCCAAGGGACACGCACACCUUAUCAGAUGCGCAUCAAAAGCCAUGUGGUGAUCCCGAGUGGGCAAUCGAAAGCAGUAGCACUCCUCCUCAAUCAGCCUUCACAGUGGAUGUAUUUUCUGGUCGAUGGGAUACCAGACGAGAAUACAAAAUACACGACUCAGUAUACAGAGGACCUCGAUACCCGACUUUGGCCAGAGAAUCUCAAGUAACCCUCGCUACUCAAUCAUCGGUUGAUCGUCUCUUCUGGCUUGUUCAAGUGGCGCGACAUUGGCUUGGGCCCAUCUCCAUUGCUGUCUUUACCCCCGACGUUGAAUUUGGGAUAGCAAAAGAGUAUUUGAAAUACCUUAUAUCUUGCUUUCCAUAUGUUGGGGACAAAAUAAUCAUACACUUUGCGUAUCCGAAAGACAGACCGCCUCGCCCACUUGACGCUGAGAGCAGCGGUGAUUUCCUGGCCUUGUGCCACGAGCCUGUCACUGUCCUCAAGAACCUCCUCGGGCAACGGUCCAAGCAAAUGAUGGCGUGGCGGGAAAAGUUGUCGUACCCUCAGAACCUCCUACGCAACGUGGCGCGCCAGAACUGCCACGCUGAGUUCGUCUUCCUCGUCGAUGUUGACAUCGUCACUCCGCCCGAAAUGUUUGAGAAGCUCGAUGCCUUCUUAAGAACUUCCACCGUUCAGUCUUGCGAUAAAUGUGCCUUCGUGAUCCCGACGUACGAAAUAGACGAUAAGGCGCCUCUUCCGAGCAACGUGUCCGACAUGCUGGCGCUGGUGCAGGCUGGUCGCGCUCGGCCUUUCCACGAGAAAGUCUUCAUCCACAACCAGUUCUCCACGAACUUCUCCUUGUGGCAGGCGAACGUGGGCGAGUGGUUGGAUCGCUCGGGCCGGGCUACUGAGUCGCCCGUGUUCAUCAGCCACGAUGUCACGUUCGAGUUUUUCUACGAGCCUUUCUACGUCGCCAGGGACGCCUGUCCCGCCCACGACGAGCGUUUUGUGGGCUACGGCUUCACCAGAAACACACAAACUUACGAGAUGUUGGUGGCAGGGUGGAAAUUCAAGGUUUUAGCGCCCAUCUUCUCCAUACACUGGGGCAUGCAGACCAAGAAAGGCAGGCCGAGGUGGCGGGAGACGCAAAAUCGAAAUAAUAGAAAACUCUUCGAAGAUUUCAAAAGAGAAAUAACUGUCAAGUACAAGAGUGACCCUUUAGGCAUGAUGAAACCUAAACCCAAGCCUGCCCCAUUGUCAAGGAAGAGGGGAAAAACUGCGAGCUGAAACAUCCUCGUCUGAACUCCAAGUAACUUUAUUGACUUCCCAGUAAAUGCUAUUAAGUGUUAGUUUCAUGUGCUUUUGGUAUUGAAUUUCAUUAACAAAUCAUGAUCAAAAGCAGCGAUGUCCUUUAGCUUUAACGAUGGGCGUCUAGCAGACGGGUCAAAUCUUUUUUAUAAUAUCCCAGUCGUGAUCCCUAAUUUCCGUAAUAAAUACAUUACUUUCCUUUCUGUUUCUUACUGACAAUGGUCAAAUAUGUCAAGGAAUUGUUAUUGUUGAUAAAUCUGAUCAUACUGUCGUGAACAUUGCAUGUAAAUACCGUCAAAUUGACGUAGCUUCUAGUGACAAUAAAGAAGUAUUAUUGUGUAUAAAACUGAAGUCAUUGGUGCUCAUGCACAAUCUAUGCGAAUUAAUAUGCAUGCCUAUUGUUAGAAUGGGUAAUAAUAAGAACUGAAAAUGCACUUUCGUAAGUUGGAUGGAGCUCCUUGUAGAAGAUGGUUGACUUUGUUUUUUAAAAAUAUUACAAAAAUACGAGCAUUUGAACAACAAUGUAGGGUUCGAAUCGAAUAGCUCUUUCAAACCUGCUUUGCUCCUUUCUGCUAAUAUUGCAAGACAUCUUACUUGGAAAGCAGCUGCAAUUUAUAAUCCAACCAUUUUAAUUCCCAAUUUUUUCCCCUUUUUGUUCGCCAAUCUUAUUA